AUGUCGGUCCUUCCUGCCGGGGCAGACGGUGCUGCGGUUCAGGAGCUGGAGAGGCUUUUCCGCACCGCGGACCCAGCCAACACGGGACUGCUGUCGUACAGCGAGUUCGCCUACCUCAUCCUGCGCAGCGGAGGGACGCAGGAGCAGGCGGAUGCGCUGAUUGAGAAGUUCGCCGGGCCGUCACGUGCUCAGCGGGUGGUGUACUACGGGGCACUGCUGGAGCAGCUGUACGACUCUGCAGAAGCGACUGCAGACGCGCAUGGCGAUGUCGAGAACGGCAGUGCAAGACACACUUCAGACCCGCUACUCAGGAUAUCCUCUCUCGACUGCACCUCCUCCAUGCCGACCCUUGAUACGUCCAACAGCUCCCCAUUGCCGACUCCCCCGGCGCCGACCGGCGUCGGGCCGUCGUCGAGGCAUGCUUCCCGCUCGCCAACCGCUGGCGGUGGUGGCGCCGCUGCUCCAGCUCCUCGUGGCGUCAUGGGCGCGGGUCAGUAUGUCGUCCCUCCCGCUGCAUCAUCAUCCUCGCCUCUCUGCAGAUCGGUUACCCAUGCCGGCGCCGGCGGCCGCAGCACCUCCACGCUCGCCUCGCGGGAGUCGUCCACGGCAACCUACGCAACGUACAGCACAUGCAACGACCGCUCGCUGUCUCACCUCCGCGGCAACAUCAGUGUCACCCCUCCGUGCAGGCCGCCUCGCAGUCUGUCCUCUCCCCACUCCUCACGGUUUGUCGAGUCUGCGCUUCGAACCGCUACGGCAGCGGCGGCGGGGUCGCAUCAGCAGCAGCGGCUCGAUCGUGCGCCGUCGCAGGGCGGCACACAUGUCAGCUGGUCAGCGUCCCGAUCACGAAGCCGCGAUGAUGUGCGCGCCACUCCUCUUACGGACUCGUCGGUGGUGGGCGCGCAAGGUGGUGAGCGUGCGCGCGUGUACGGUGCCACGUCGGCGCCACAGUACGCCGCAGGUGCCGGUUGCUACUCCUAUCCUCCGCGUGCAUGCGACUCGGCACCAGUGGGUAUCGGGCACUGUCGGCGCGAGACCUCCGCAGAGCGCAUGGUGCGCGCGGCAGCCGAGGUGAGUAUUCGCGGCAGACCUCAGUCGCGUUUCGAUGCAGAAGGCGGUGCCGGUGCAGGAGAGACCCGUGAAGGUGAAGGGAAGCUCGGCUCAAGUGUGGCUCGCGUGCUGCCUGGUGCACUGCACUCCGCGUCGUCGUCUUCCUACGCAGCGGCGCCCCAUCUUGUUGCUGCCAAUCGUGCCAGCCGCGCCGCUGCACCGCAGGCGGAAAACACGAGCGCGUUCUUCACCGCAAGCCGCGCAAGUGACUCGUACGUGCGUCACGUAGACGAUAGUGGUCACAGCACUUACCACAGCGACGCCGCUGCAACGUCCCUUCUAUCGCUACGGGACAUCUUUCAGCGUCAUCUGGCGCCGCGGUCAUCGCGUGAUGGCACCGUGCUGCUGAGCGAGCUGGAAGAGGCCUUGGCGACGCGCGGGGUGGGUGUGCAUCCGCUAGAGCUGGAGGCCGUGGCCGACUCGCUGGAGCUGACCGCGGUGCCGGCGGCCAUCGAACAUCACGGCCGUGCGCUGCAGCACCACAGCUUCAACACGAGCCUGAAGAACGGCUUCGGGGCAUCGGUCGCUACGGCUGGGCGCAUGCGUCGUGACUCCCCGCAUCCCUGGCCCUCGGUCAACGCCUCUGGCAUGGAUAGCACGGACGCCUCGGCUACGACAGUGAGUCGGACCACCAUCACCGGUGGUGCGGAUCGGGCGCUGAGUCUCGUCGACUUCUGUGUGCUGGUCUCUCGUCUGCGUCCGGCGCUCAUUCAACGCAUUCGCAGUUCCGGAGUGUGGGAAUGCUCGGCAUCCAUCGAUGGUGUCGAGGUGCUGCGGAGCCGUCAGCCUCCACCUGUCAACGACCGGCUUAAAUCUCGCGGAGGUGUGGGAGUUGAUGACGGGGACAGCAUUGCAGACGUGACGGUGUCACCGAUGACCCCUGAAGCGGCCGCCCCUGCGACGCCGCGGUCCACCGUGUCCUCGUCGAGCACGCGACCGCACUCCUCCGCGCAACGUCAUCUUCGGCGGCGGCGCUCUCUCGUGCCGCACCGCUUUGCCGACCUGCACCGCCCAUUGAGUGCGGCGAAGGUGUGCGGCGCUGCGGCAUCGGCAUUGUCGUCCACGGCGCCGCCGACUGCCCGGCAGCUCUCAGCCGAUUAUCAGUUUGCCGUUGAGCACGCGCAGCAGGAGCCACGACGCAGUGAACGAGAGGAAGAUAACGAUGACAGUCACCAUGUCUCUGUCAGAUAUGCACAGCCCACUGCCGCUUCCGAGCAGCGGCGCAAUGGACUGCACGUGCCGUCAGCCACGACAGCGCGGCUAAACCACACCAAGGUGCCUCUCUGGCACGAUGACCGGCGCCCCAGUGCGCGCCGAAGCCACACCAACGCCACUCGCUCGCCGUCGUCCGCGUCACCGGGUAGCUCGCGUGGUUUGAUCUCACCCGACGAGCGCCAUCAUCCGCAGCAGCCGCGACCGCACCGCGCCCACGUCGCUCUCCGCAGUCCCACCAGCGACUUUUCGGCUCGCGUCGUGUGCGAAGAGUUGGGUGAUGGUCUCGCACGUCGUGGUUGUGGGGGGAUGUCCGAGCCUUUGCCAACGACAACAUCGGCACAGCUUUCUCCGACUUCCAGGGCACUGUCGUCGCCGCAGUCGGCCACCAAAAGAGGGUCGACAUCCUGGAUGCUGGCGCCGCGUGUCCUGGAGACGCUUCAAAGUGCCGCGUUGCCGCUGUUGCGCCGCUGUGCACAGCUGGACAAUCGGCACACGGGGCGCAUGGCACCGAGCGCGUGGCUGCGCGUACUGCGAGACGCUUGUCCAGCCUUGACGGGUGCAGAGCGACUCCGUGUGCAAGAAUGGAUUCGCGCAAGAGGCCAGCGGUCGGCCUGUGGCGCCGACUACGCGGCGGUCGUGGAGGAUAUUUUGACAGAGGCGAACGUCGCCCCUCUCACCCCCGUGUCUGGCGUGAAGGCCGGCGCCGUCCGGCGUGGUGACCGUACCGCGGUAGCCUCGCCGUCUCGCUCCUCCGCCACUCGAAUGCGCAGCUAUCCUCAACGGCAAGAUGCGGCUGCGACAAGGUCGUCGGUGCCAUACACAUCGACCACGAAGGACACCCCACCUGCCUCCAGCCGCUCGGCCGUGAAGCCGCGUGCGGCCGUACGCUGCGGGCCGAGUGGACGCGUUCCUGUCUCCUCAUCAUCCCAUACCACAGUGAAUGGUCAGACGGCUGACGAGGACGCGAAGCGGCUGCUUGCGCACGAGCUGAUGACGGCCUGUGGUGGCGACACGGAGGCACUUCUGGAGUACUUCCGCGCCUUUGACGAGGCUGGCACUGGACUCCUCGUCGAGCAUGUGUGGCGAGCCAGUUUGGAGGAGCUGUUUCGGCGGACAGAAGGUCGAGAGCCGCCAGCGUGGGUCGUGGGUGGGUGUGUGCGCCUCUCGCGUGUGCCAUUGGAGAGAUGGGAUGCCACACCGUCGCUGCAGCGCGGCACACCACCGCUCGUUUCUCCUGCGCUCUCCGCGGCGUGCGCGCGCGUCUCGCGGGUACCGCCAGCGAUGCGCCGGACACUGUGCGAUUACCGCUACGUCUUGGAGGAGCUCGGCGUUCAUGCAGACGGGCGAGGCUCGCGUGCCGCGUCUGCGUCGCAGCGCUGA